UUUGUAUCGGGUUUUUCGAUGUUUAUAAAGUGAUAGUGGGAAGUUUAUACAGAUAAUCGUAAUUCCAUUGAGAUAUAGUUUAAUGACAAGCGUGUAGUGAGUAGUACGCGUAUCUCUGUCUUACAACGAUAUAUAUCAUGGAUCAGCCGAAGAUUGAACAGAUUGUCGAACCCAAAGACCAUUCGAAGAAGGAUCAAACCUUCAGAAUGGUUCACAGAUAUUGUACAGAAAUCAGGAUGAGAUUCACGAAAUGUAUGCAAGAUUAUAAUGCUUAUGAGAACGUUGAUGCAGCAGCGAAAUAUCUGAGAUCGAAACCUUCCUUAUUAGCAGCUAUAAUCGCUGUGACCUUUGCAGUCGGUCUUCCAGUACUCCUGUUUACUCUUUUCGCAAUAACAACCAUUAUCUGUACAUUUACAGGAUUUAUACUUAUUGAAGGGACAAUAUUGGCAUUCGGAACUAUUCUCUUAUGUGGAGUGCUGCUGUCUAUAAUAACGUCAAUACUGAUGCUCGGAACAUGCCUGAAUAAACACAGUAAUUGCAAAAACACCACUUGGAGGGCCGUUGAUCAGUCAUAAUAUUUUUAAACUGAA